AUCCACUUUUGAAACUAGCUAUCAUCAAGUUUACACCCACUGUCAUCAUAUUUCAUACUAGUAACUAACUAUGCUGAGUAACUAUCACUCAUGUUCCUACGUAUUCUCCAUUUACGCAUUUGCUUGGAUGCGUUCCAGACUUUGGACAAUGACUGGCUGCUCACAGUAGGAACUAACAUGAGACAUUGUAUAAAUACCUGGCUGAUAGCAGCAACCCUCAUCCUACUUCUCCCAAUUUAUUCUUCUCUCCUCUAACAACUAUCUCGUCGCUCGUCCUCCCAAACCCUGUUACAACUUUUUAGCCAUGGCUCAUUCUCAGAACCCCCCCGUAUUUACGCUGGCCGAAGGCCAGCCGAUUGCCGACCCGUCAAACAGCACUGUUCUGCCAGCCCGAUUUGGAGGUGGCAGCUUAGCGCUGCUCCAGGAUACUCUCCUCAUAGAAACUUUGGCGCACUUCAACCGCGAACGCAUUCCAGAACGUGUGGUCCACGCCCGAGCUGCAGCUGCCUGGGGCGAGUUUGAAGUUACCCAUGACAUCUCUCAUUUGACAACCGCCAAAUUUCUUAAUGGCAUUGGCAAGAAGACUAAGGUCCUUCAACGCAUCAGUACAGUCGGCGGCGCUACAGGUUCGGCCGAGACAGUCAGAGAUGUUCGGGGGUUUUCAGUAAAGUUCUUUACUGAGGAAGGGAAUCACGAUAUCGUCGGCAAUGACAUCCCGGUUUUUUUUGUCAGAGAUCCUGUCAAGUUCCCCUCCCUCAACCGGAGUCAUAAGAAGAAUCCAAGAAGCAAUACCGCGGAUGAGACAAUGUUUUGGGAUUUCCAUGUCAACAAUCAAGAGGGCGUGCACGCUCUCAUGCAUCUCUUCGGCUCACGGGGAAUCCCCGCGUCGCUCCGAAACAUCAAUGGCUUUGGUGUUCACACCUAUAAGCUCGUUGCGGUAGAUGGGAGCUUCAAAUACUGCAAGUUCCAUUUCAAGCCUAUUGGAGGCGUUCAGAAUAUGAGCCCUGAGGACGCUGCCAAGAAUGCGGGUGAAAAUGCCGAUUAUCACACUGCAGAUCUGUUCAAUGCUAUUGAAAAUGGCUACUAUCCAGUUUGGACCCUUUAUGUACAGGUCAUGGAGCCUAAGGUUGCGGAGACGUACCCUGUGAAUAUCUUUGAUAUCACAAAGACCUGGCCUCACAAGGAUUUCCCACUACUCCCUGUCGGAAAUAUGACCCUGAACAAAAAUCCACACAAUUACUUCGAAGACGUCGAACAGGCUGCCUUCUCGCCGUCUAAUAUGGUUCCUGGAAUCGCCGUCACUCCCGAUCCUAUGCUUCAAGCACGCAUGUUUGCCUACCCCGACGCUCAACGUUACCGUCUCGGCGUAAACUACCAACAACUGGCUAGCAACCGAGCCCUCUCACGUGUAUACACGCCAUACGAGCGUGACGGCGCCGCAUCCUUCAACGGCAACUAUGGUGGCGAACCCAACUACGUUCGUAGUGACUUUACCGUCGCCAAUCCAGGCCAAAAGAGCAUCGAACACGAUGAGUGGGCUGGUGGAAAGGUAGGAAUCCAUGAAAUACCAGUCUCAGAUGCAGAUUUUGCACAGGCCACUGAAUUAUGGAAUAUCUUUGGCACGCAGCCUGGAGAGCAGGAGGGUUUUGUUAAGAACGUGGCGGGUGCUAUACAGGAUAUUCCAAAGAAGUUGCAAGAGGGCACCAUUGCAAUGUUCUCUAAGGUUCACCCUGAUAUUGGUAGAAAGCUCCAGGCAGAACUUAACAGUGCUGGGAAAAUUAGCGCUUCUGCACAGAGCCAAGAAAGCGCCAGAAGUUAUCAGGUAAAAUACGUAUAAAUGAGGGGCUUAUCCCCUCGUAGAGGAUAAGCGAAGAGAAAACUGUUAUGGGGACAAACGGUAGCACUCGCUCAAAUUGCAAUGAAUAGUCUAUAUAGCUCCAAUUUAUCAUGCUUCGUCAC